CUCCAGCGCCGGAGAGGAGCGGGCGGGAGCGAGGCGCCGGCGGCGGGGACGGAGCGGUGGCCGCGCCCCCGAGACCCGCACCCCGGAGCGAGGCAGCCCGCGCCGGGCGCAGCCGGAACCCGCCGCCAGCCCCAGGCACACGCGCCCCGCGGGAUGAGCGGCGACGAGCUCGCAGGGGGGAGGCGGCCGGGCUCCGGGUCGCCCCCCCGCGCCGAUCGCUGGCCCCCCGCCUCUCCCCCGGCAGGUGCCAGCCCCGUGCCCAGCCCCGGCUCCCCCGGACCCGAGGAGCCACCACAAAAAAGACAAAGAACCGUGGAAGACUUCAACCAGUUCUGCACCUUUGUGUUGGCCUAUGCUGGCUACAUCCCCUACCCCGAGGAGAAUGAACCCUGGAGCCUUGGAGGCAGCAUGAGUCCCCAGAACAGCACAGGCAGCACUCAGGACAGUGACAGCUGGGCCUCAUCCCAUUCCUCUGAUUCCCAAGUACUGCCAGAUGAGGGGAGGAUCAGGAAUGCCAAGUACAAAGGCGGCAACCUGUUCCUGAACUGCCCCGACUUCCCCAGCAGUUUCUAUGCAGUCCAGCCCCAGCAAACCAAGAAGAAACUAUCUGCAAAGAAGCUCAUCUUGGAUCAAGAGAUGGAACAGAAGAUGAUGCUGGCUGGCACGAAGAAUUUAAGUGAUGUUCAACAGCAAAGGAAAGAGUCAGCUGUACUAGAGGAGCAGGCGCCUUAUGUAAUGGGAAAAUGUCUUGAGUCCUUGGUUGUCCCAGCUGGCGAGCUCCGACCCAAAUCCCUGUUGGAGGAGUUCAUGAAGGAAGAAAAGGACUGGACACAUGGGGUUCAGGGGAGUGAGGUGCCAGUAGGAGGCUACUUUCGACCAAAGGAGCAGGAAUCAUGCCCUGAGGAGAGGAGGAGCUCCAGCUGUCAGAAUACUGUGGAUCAAAGCAAAGAGGAGGAGGGUACAAGCAGUGUCAGCUCCCAGCUCAAUUCUUCACCUGUGGAAUUCACAGUGGCACCUCACAACACCAAAUCAGAAGAGGAUGAUGCUUGGGACCUGAUAACCUGCUUCUGCCUGAAGCCCUUUGCAGGGAGACCUAUGAUAGAGUGUAAUGAAUGCACCACCUGGAUCCAUCUCUCUUGCGCCAAGAUUCGCAAAUCCAAUGUGCCUGAGGUCUUCAUCUGCCAGAGAUGCCGUGACGCCAAACAAGAGAUCCGUCGCUCAAACCGAGCCAGAACAGUGCCCCGCAAACGCUUCUGUGACUGAUCCUCUCCCCCAGAGAUAUGGUGAUUGUGGGCGGGGGCCCUUUGUUCUAAGACUAUAGCCCAAGUUGGCUAGACAAUCAAUGCACAGUGAUUAUAGGAGGCCUGUGGCACUGGAAAGUGGGAGCAUUGUGUUGGGCAUGCCCCCUGUACUUCCAACUCCAGGAAGCUGGCAUGUUGAGACUCACUCCAGGAGGAAUAAUCUCUCUUGUGGAGAUCAUGUAAACUAUGUAGCUGAGACAUCAGUUUUGCCAGUGCAGUGGGGCCCAGCAGAAGUCUCUCUCAAUGGAAUCCAGUGCAGUAGGUCAGCCAGAAACCUUCCUGUUGUAAUACACAUGGGGCUCAGUGCCUUUCCCCCAGGCAAUCCAGGAGAGCCUAGUCCAAGUAGUUUCCCUCUGGUAUGGUGACUGCUUAGACUUAUCCCAAGGGUGGUUAUCCCACUGGUGCCCAAUUCCUUUCCUGUGACAACCUUAAGAGUGAGUUUAGUGCUGGUGAAAGUUGUCAGGUGGCUAGUGCCCCCCUCUUCCCCCACACUGUCAUCUUUAAUCUGGGCUGUAUCUGGUUUGUUGAGUGCACAAGCCUCUCCCACUACAAACCAUGCUCUGGAGUGACACCCUUUGGGGGGCGGGGGAGGAAGUUGUCCUCUGUGCUCUCAUAGCCUGUCACUUACAGUGAUGUGGACAUCUGGACCUGAGUUGAGCACCCCUGCCUUCAAACUUGCUUCGUGUGGAGUAAGCAAAGAGAAGCCUCUGACUGCACUCACUAGCUUGAGGUUGGGAAGAGAAGGGCAGUGUGUGGUUACUGUAAAUAUUAAUGGUGACUGUAAAUAAUUUGUAACAGAUGUUUAGAAAAUUAUAAAACAAUUCUUGCUAAACUGUAAAAUGGAGUCCUCUGCUCCCAAACUUCCAGUUGCACUGUAGUCUCCUGUAUGAGGGGACUUAAGGAAUUGUGGCAGGAGCCCAAAACAGGUUGGGGGGAGGGGAGGAGAACCGUUGGAAACUCAUGAGAGGGAGAGUCCACAAGCAGACCCUAGGCAAUGGCUCUCAGGACUUCCCCUGCUGUUGUGCACUGGGCUGUCUCCCAGGAAGCACCCUUGCUGAAUGAUGUGAACAAAGUCCUGACAGCAGAAAGAAAGUGAAGCUUGUCUGAAUUGUCCAAUCCUGUGAAGAAUUAGCAGUCUAGGCUCCUUACUGAAGUUUGAGGAAUGUUAGUGUCUCAGACAGACAUGGGGUCUUUUGUGAGCCUUAUCCACUAUGCAAAUUGCUGCCUCUUAAAGUGGAUGUGCCUGCUAUGAACACACCUUUACAUUUGUAGACAGGAUACUUGCUCUUCUCUCUCUCCCCAAGGAGGACAUGACUGAGCUGGCUGCUCCACAUGUACUAAGUAUUAAAUUCUAUCUUCUAAUUCUCCUUUUACCCACCCACCAAAGAACCAGACCCAUGUGCCUUCUGCACCUUCUAUGCUGCAUUUCAAAGAUGCUGCUCUCCCUGUGCUGGAGGCACUUGAUUUAGUCAUAUAAACUGCAGGUGUUCUGACUCUUGUGCUGCAUGUUGGUACUGAGCUGGACCUCUGCUGCUUGGGGUGGAGGGAAAUGAAAGGAACCUAAGAUCACAAUUCCUAUUUUUCCAAACUUGUGUACUUGGCUGCCAUGAGUCAUCAUCAGUCAGCAAUGUCCCUGUCCCUCUGGAAGGGUUUGCUCCUUGUACCCCUCUCCUGUGGGGGGAAGUUUAGGCCCCUGAAAUGCUUUACACUUUUAUAGUUUAUACUAACUUUUAUUGAAAUUAUGUAAAAUAGCAAAUUCUUGGGAGUGUGGGUGGAAUAUGUAUAUAAUAAAGUACUUUUGCCAUAA